UAGAUAAGUAAAGCUCCUGGCAGAGUCAGGAACAGGGCGAGUGACGGGAAUCUCUUCCAAUAGGAGCAGCUGGCGGGCGGUAUUUCCGGCGCCGCUCUGUGGAGCUUGGGCCUGUGAAGGACAUUAGGAGCGGCGGAGUGAAGCCAGUGUAAAGAGAAUGGCGGGUCAUGAGGCUUCUGGCCAGCACCAGUUCACUGGAUUCCAGAAAUAUUUCAAUGCCUACACCAUCACAGGCAGGAGGAACUACGUACUGGCUACAUAUGCAGGGAUCGCAUCACUUAUAUUGUACUUCAAACUGAGAUCGAAGAAGAAGGCACCAGCAGCAAUCACAGAUCAGAAGUGAUAGGUUCUCCUCGGUGAGGGUACAAGUAUGAAAUUAAGGACCAGCAUGUGUUUCUGUUGGACUUCUGGAAAUAAUUUAAACCUUUACAAUCGUUACCGUUGUGCUGUAAAAUAAGUUACCUGCUUUCACAAGUAAAACUCCUGGGAAUCUG